ACUUACUACUUUAUAGUUUAUAGUUAUACUUUAAAGUCUUAACUCUUAACGUCUGUGUUAUUGCGAAGGAAAUAUAAAUUCUUAUAAUAAGUAACAUUAAUGAAUAAAAGUACUAUUGUAAAUUUGGACUCGGUGAACACUGAAGUAGUCGUUUCCCAUUUCCCUCAGUGAAGCGAGAAAUCGCUGAGAGGCCGAUAUAUUUAAUAUUGUUUAACACGCGGUAACUAAUUCAAUAUGAGUGAGUCGGAAGCUAAUGUUAAUCCUAAAGCUUACCCAUUAGCAGAUGCAGCUCUGACUGCAAAAAUUUUAAAUCUGGUACAACAAGCGGCAAAUUAUAAACAGCUCCGUAAAGGUGCUAAUGAAGCUACUAAAACUCUAAACAGGGGUCUCUCGGAGUUUAUAAUAAUGGCAGCAGAUGCAGAACCCUUAGAAAUUGUUUUGCAUAUUCCAAUAUUAUGUGAAGAUAAAAAUGUUCCGUAUGUGUUUGUAAGGUCGAAGCAAGCUUUGGGGCGCGCAUGUGGUGUAUCUCGUCCCAUUAUAUCUUGCUCAAUUACCAUUAACGAGGGCUCUCAAUUAAAGCCACAAAUACAAAGCAUUCAACAAGAAAUUGAAAGACUUUUAGUUUAAGAUGUAUGUGUACAGCUUAUUUUUUAAUACAAAGUAUCAAAUAAA